AUGCGCCGCGGUGAGUUUUCUCUGCCAGCUUUUCCCGCGUGGUGCUCUUUCAAUGAUGUCAGCUUCUUUGAUGUCCACGCGGAAGAGCUUGAUGGCAGAGGAUUCGGCCUGGUCGCAGACAAGGACUUGGUGAACGACAAGGAUAAUGUCGAGAUUCCGACUCUCCUCACUAUCCCAAGAGACCUCGUCCUCUCGGCUGCUGCUGUGGAAGAAUAUGCCAAAGUUGAUAAGAAUUUCCGUGAUUUGCUCGAAGCUGCGGGCCACCAAUCACACCGAGGGAAUAUCCUCUUGUUCCUGCUCAUGCAGCUGGUGCUCUCCUCGCCAGACUAUCAAGGGCACAAAGGCAGUCUCUCACCGUGGACCCAAUAUUUCAGUCUCUUGCCAGCGCAAGUGCCAGUACCAACAAUGUGGACAGAAGCAGAACUCUCCUGCCUGCGAGGGACCUCACUUGAGGCUGCUGUCGCUGCAAAGCUGUCCGCGUUGACUCACGAAUUCGACCACGUUUGUUCAAAAUGCGAUGAUCUUCCCUUUUGGUACGACCUCCUCUACCAAGAUGAACUCAUCACUGUCCGUGACUGGGUUCUGCUCGAUGCACUAUAUCGGUCCAGAUCUCUGGAACUGCCACUGUCUGGGGAGUCAAUGGUUCCAUGUCUCGAUCUUGCCAACCACUCUCAAAAUGCUGUCGCAUACUUCGAAGAGAAUCAGAAAGACGAGGUCGGCCUUCUCCUGAGGAAGGGAUCUGCGGUGAAAUCUGGUGCUGAAAUCACGAUCGACUAUGGUCAGAAGAAGUCUGCAGCCGAGAUGGUGUUCAGCUACGGUUUCCUUGAUCCGAACACACCCGCAGGGAGCUUUGUGCUGCCACUAGAGCCCAUGGAUGAUGAUCCUCUAGCUAAAGCUAAGCUACACAUAUUCGGCGAGUCACCAACUCUCAAGGUCGAGGAUGCGGAAGACGGUGUGGCAUGGAGUGCGCCGUUCGUGUACCUGAUGUGCCUAAACGAAGAGGAUGGCAUCCAGUUCGGCUUGCUCCAGGAAAACGACGGGACUCGCCAUCUGAGGCUGUACUGGCAAGAAGAAGAUGUGACAGACAGAUGUGCAGACUUCGAGACGCUUAUUGGUGAUCACGAACUUAGUCCGAUAUUCCACCUCCGGGCCAUUACCGUUAUAAUGGAACGAAUCUCACAACAAGCCGAGACCCUUGAAUCGAAUCCUGCGCAGCCGAACUUACCGGGCCUGGUACGCGCGGAGAUACUCGGAACCGUGUCACAGUUGCGAGAAGCCGAACUAGACCUCAUGCAAAGGACACUGCAGGCAUUAGAGAGCAAGCGGGAUGCACUACUCAAAAAUGAUAGGGUGGUAGCAUAUCUCGGAUCGAUGGAAGCAGCCCAGAAUGAGGGGUUGGCAGCACAGUCGUCCAAUGGCGAAGAUGACUUCAGCUAG